GAUGUAUAUGUUAAUUAUAAAAAAAUAUCAGGAUGUUUAAUUCAUAUGUAUCAUCAUAUGGAUACUCAAAAAUAUGACAACAACAAUAAUAAUAAUAAUAAUAAUAAAAUAUGUUUAUUAGUAGGUAUAGGAAUUAAUGUUAAUUUACAAGAUCAAAAUAAUAUCUUAAAUAAUAAAUAUACAUCUAUAAAAAAAGAAUAUUUACAAGAUUUUGAUACACCAGAUUUAAUACCAACAGCUCAACAAAUUACAUUAAAACUCAUAUUUAAUAUUCAUCAUGCUAUAAAUACAUUACGCACAGAUGGAUUCACACAAUUCUUAAAUUAUAUAACAACUAGAUUGUUAUAUAAAGACAAAAAGGUUAUUAUUGAUCAAGAUAAUCAAUAUAUUGUUGGAUAUUUGAAAGGAUUGCUACAUGAUGGAUCUCUCCUUUUGUUGACAGAAGAUAAUAAAAUGAUAAACGUGCACACGGGCCGUUUACAUAAAAAGGAGGAUGACUAG